AUGAGAAUUGCUACAUACAAUAUUAGAAAUACUUAGGAUUAAUACAUUAAGAGAAGAGAGAAAUUAUAAAGUGUCAUCUAAGGAUUAAAUGCUGAUGUAAUAUCUCUUUAAGAAGUGGCCCUUCCAGAGUUGGAUUAUUUGGCAGGUGAUUAUUAGAAAUUCUUUGCCCCUAUUCAAUUAUAAUUUCCGUUAAAUCCUGACCCAGAAUUUAGAAUAGAUGGCAAUGCUAUAUUAGUUAGGAAAGGAAUUGAAGUUAAGUUACAUGAAUUUGUUCAUAUAAGUGUGUUUAGAAAUAUAUAACAUAUUGUAAUUGGAGAUGUGCAUAUUUACAAUACUCAUUUGCAUCAUGUAAUAGGUGAUGAUCAAGUUCGAAGUCAUUAGAUAGAUAACAUCUUGACUUAUCUAUUGGGAUAAUUGAAUGAAAGAAUCUUUUUAAUGGGAGAUUUCAACUUUACUCCUGAAUCUUAGGAAUAUAAAAAAAUGAUUCAAUAUUUUAAAUCAUCUAAUAUGUUGGCUAAUCAAAAAGAGCCUGAAAUAACAUUUCCAACAGGAUUGACAGGACCAUUUAUGGAUACUGAUCCAGCUGGUACAUUUGAUUACAUAUGGAUAAGAGGAGAUAAAAUUGAAGUUAAGGAAUGUACUUUAUUUGGAUCUGAUAAAAUCUCAGAAGGAGUAUAUCCAAGUGAUCAUCUAGGAAUUCUAGGAGUAUAUAAUUUAUGA